AUGGUUUCUGAGAAAGAAUCAUCAGCGAAGGCUUCGAUACGGCUCGAGAAUGAGCCUGCAGAGGAGACCUCAAAGUUACAACCCGAAAUAACACCUGCAUCAGCCCCACCAAAGCCAAAAACUGUUGAUGAUUUUCUGAAACUUGGCCUAUAUACCUUAUACGCGGGUAUCACUGCCGAAUUUGUAUUGUUCAAUAUGCUCAGCAAUAUGAUUUAUAUGGUUUAUUCAGGUGCUGCUCCGGUGGUUGUUAGUUGCGGAAACUAUUAUGCGAAUACAACCGAUGGUGAUAUCUGCCAGCAGUAUAAUCAGUGGCGAUCAUCUGGGUGCAAACCCGUACUCGAUUAUCAGUUCUUAUCGUUUAAUGUUGAGUAUGACUAUAUAUGCGGUGAAGCGAAAUAUGUCAAAAACAGUAUAUCAGUACAAAUGUUGGGUAUUUUGAUUGGUACCCUCGUAUUUGGACAAAUGAGCGAUUCGUUUGGACGAAGAACGGUAGCAAAUAACCUACUGUCCUAUAUCUCCAUGAGUCGACAUUAUCUUGCGCAAUUGAGCUCAGUGUCAAACUUUCAGGUGCUUUUGAUCACCAGUAUUGCUGCAAUAAUACUGGGUGCAGUUGGAUCGUUCGCCGGCUCUCUAGUCUCGUUUACUAUAUGGCGUUGUAUCACGAGUUUCUUUGCUGGUGGCGAAAUUAUUGUUUUAAUGGUGUAUUUGAUGGAACAAGUGCCUAAAGCCCAUCGUUUGUGGAUCUCAACUGUGGUCACUUGGUCACCAAACUUUAUCAUCCUUGCCGGAGUGGCUUACAUCUCAUACGAUUGGCGAACACUUGCCCGAGCGAUCAGUAUCAUUUCGCUACCAGUUGUACCACUUCUUUAUUUCUCACACGAAAGCCCCCGCUGGUUAUUCCAAAAAGGUAAGGUGGAUUCACUAAGAAAGGCGCUCGUUCGAAUUCGUGGUGGUAAAAAGGAUGAGAAGGAGGACGCUGAGAUGGAACGGAUGUUUCAACAGGCUGUGGUGAACGCCGAUAUGCAUGAGAAUCGCCAGCAGCAUUACAUCUACCAUUUAUUCUAUACUUGGGAAUUGACUUUAUAUACGAUCGUCCUCUCCUUUGGAAUGUUCGUCACAAGUAUCACCAACUACGGUUUACUGUUCAACAUGGAGAAGUUGUCCGGAUCGAUCUAUCUGAAUUCGGCGUUUUUCGGUUUGUUCAGAUGGUCGAUGAACAUCGUGGCUGGUGCGUUGGACUAUUUUUGUAAGAGUAUCGGUCGUAAGUCGAUUCACUUCUUUGCGAUGGCCUUUAUUGCUGCUGCAGUUGCGAUCGCGUUUGCUGUCUACACAUUAAAAUUGAACGAUUGGAUGUUUUUGGUGAGGUAUUGCGCACUCGCUGCGGCUGCAAUGUGUUCACAGUUGUAUUUGACAAAAACAGUAGUGAUGGUCGAGUUGUAUCCGACGGCCGUUCGAAAUAUUGCAACGUCGUUCAUGGGAUUGUUGAGCCGAGUCGGCAAUAUUCUUGCACCUCAACUCUUCUAUUUGGCUGAUAUCUGGAUUCCACUACCAUACCUAACGAUGAUGUUGUUGGCAUUGAUCGAUUUGUUCGAUUUCCAAAUAUUUAUUCCCGAAACGAAAGGCAAACCUCUCAAAGAUCAUUUACCGCCUCCUGAAGAAUGCAUUUGGAGACGGAAAAAAUUAUCCGCUGAAAAACAAGAAUCUUCGAAUGCAAAAGAGAACGCUGUUUGA